AUGUCCGUGCACCAGGUGGAUAAGUGGGGGGACACGCCGAUCUUUUACGCGGUGGAGUUCCAGAAGCUUGAGACGAUCAUAUGCCUGCUAAAGAAAGGAGCAUCUCUCGCUGCUCUCAACCGGGAGGGGCAGUCGCCUGCCAGCAUAGCCUCUUUGGAACUCACUCGCGAGCUGCAGGCACGGGUGGAGGAAUGGGGCGAGCCCCUAAAGGCGCCAUCUCCAGAGCCAGAAUCCCCGAAGGCGCAGAAACGGAAACGGGCGGAGGAGGAGGAGGAGGAGGAGCUGGAGCUCUCAGCGGCAGAGGGCGUUCGAGCCUUGGAAGAGUGGGCCCAAAGGCCACCGAAGUUCCGCAAGAGUGCGAAGCAGAACAGACGGCAGCGCAAAGAGGCUGAAGUCCUUUGUGAGACCACCGAGUUCAGGCCCGAGUACAGCAUCGAACUCCCGGCAGCAGAUGCUCUGGAGGAGAUCCGCCAGCUGGAGAAGACCGUGGUGGUAGAGCAAGCCGAGCUCUUCAAAGCGCAGUUCUUCAUCCGCUCAUGCAGGGCGGCUGACUUCUGCUCCGUGCUGGGCGCUUGCGAGAAGGACUGUCAGUUUUUCCGGGAGUACUCGGAGGCCGUGGCCAAGCGUGGGAAGUCCGGAUCCCUCGUGCUUGUGGCUCGGGCGAAACGAACCGACCGCAUCGUGGCCUUUCUCCGUGCGGACUUGCGUGACCACGAGCUGGUCAUUCGCCGUCACCAGGUGCAUCAAGACCACCACGGCCAAGGACUCGACAAACUGCUAAUCCAGUGCGCCGAGGCCCAGGCAUUGAGCACGGGAUGGGAUUUUCAAUCCGUUACGGUGCGCCUGCUGAACGUGCACUCUGCAGCGCAGCGGAAGUUCUUGAGACUUGGCUUCGACAUCAAGGAGGAGCCAGCAGCAGACCCGUCUAUGAGCACGCUCUCCAUGCGCCUGAAGAUGGUCCGACGCGCGAAUCACGUCCCGGCUCCCCCAAGCGAAAGCGAGCGCUUUCCACCAAUAAAGCCCUACGCACCUUGGCUUUCGUUUCAGAUGUCGGAUACACCUGCAGAGGAGCCGAUGUUCCGAGCUCUCAACGCCGCAAUGUGGGACGACGUUGACUCUUUGACCCAUCCGUCGAUGCCCCCUCUCAUUCCCGUCACACCAUAG